AAAAAGGAGAGGAAAAAAAGAAAGAAAAAAAACUUGUUACAAGAUGGCGACGAAGAACUGCCUGUACACUGGAAAACAAUAGAAACAGCAGCAGCGAAGGGGAGUUUUAUCCUCUUCGUCGAGGCCUCGUCCUCUUCGCCCUCUUCUUCUUCGGCGAGGCGUCUGUGGAGCGCAGCGUGAGGGACUUUCGGGAGGCGCUGAGCCGGACUACAGGGAUUUUCAUCCCGCUUUUGUUAUGAGGCGAGUUAGCUUAGCCCGCUAGCUACAGCUACAUCCGUAUCCUCGCACGGCGGCGUCCAGCGCUGAGGUUUAUUAAAACAGUGGAUCAGCUGUUCGCCAGGUUAACUUCGCUGCUUUUAAAAAAGUUUCUGGAAGUCUUCAGGUUCGGGGUUUGAGCUGAACGGCUAUGAGAGAGAAGGCUGUUGGCUUUUCGGGCUUUAUUUUAACGCGGUCACAUUUUUUAGCUCAGAAAUGUCCGUCGUCUCAAAGUUUAGUUUGAGAGUAGAAGUCCAUUCUGGAGUGAGCGGCUAGUCUGCCUCCGCUCACCGAGCUGGUUAACGCUCGGUUAAGCAGCUAAAGCUAGUCAGAUGGUCUUAGCUAAGUUUCAGAGACGUAAGUUUAUCGUACGUUAAAAUCCUAGAAGAUACCGGUUGUUUUAGAUAACGGCUGGUUGAUUUUCUAACAAGAAACAUAAGGUUACAGAGCAAGGUUAGCUAGCCUAACCUAGGUUUCUUUUCUAUGUAACUUAGUAGGUUAGUUACUGUGAUAAAACAACCACAAGACACGUUGGGGUUCGUGGUUAUUAAACUAGUUAGCCUAGCUUAGCUAGUUAACUAACUAACCUAGGUUAACUAGUUAAAUUAGAUCCAACACACUGAAGUUUUAUCCUCUGUUAACUUGUUAGCUUCUAAGUUAACUAACGCUAGCUAGCUCAUCUAACUCAUUAUUUUUGGUAGAUUUUAGACAGCUUAGCAAAGCUUGAAUUAUCUACUUUUUUGGAGUUGUCCAGUAAAUUUACCUCACAGUUAGUUAGAAAGUGUUAUAUCGUCCAGUAUAUGAUUUUAGUAGCUAGUUAGGUAAAUUUACUCACUCACAGCUAACUAACCUAGCGUUACAAAUGUUAUUGCUGGUGCCUUAAGGUCAACUUGUAGCUAGUCUACCUUAAGUAAGUUAUCCUGUCCUGUUUGUUAGUUAGGUUUGUCUUUAAACCUAAUUUUACGCUUAAUUAAUUUCUUUAUUUCUUUUUCCAUUAACAUCAUAGUUAGCUAGCUAUUUUUGUUGUUUUUUUUUAUAUGCCAAAUCUCACAAACCCACUGAUUUGUGUUUUAUGUUUGGCAUGCAGUGAUGUGUAUCUAGUUAACGCUAUUUCAACACGCUGAGCUGCAUGUAAAACAUUGCUCCAACGUUUAACUUUACGUUGACGUGCUAAACAAUGUAGAGCACUGGUAGAGCAGUGGUAGGCAAAUAUUGACAAAAAUGGAAGCAGUUAAGUGUGUUUUGUAAAGGCCGUGGAGGAGGGGGUUGUAUACUCGCUCGCCCACACAGCGAGGAAAGCAGCAGAUUCAGCACUAUAACCAAGUUACCUGUAUCCGGAGCUGAGCUGACUUUAAAGGAGAAUACGAAAAAAAGGAUAAAGCCUCCGGUAACUACUAGCACCGCGCUGCUGCAUCGCAACGAUGGCGGAUUUCGUCGUGCAGCGCCACAGCGCGGUGAUGGAGCGGCUCCGCCGGCGCAUCGAGCUCUUCAGGCGGCACCACAACAGUUGCGAGAACCGCUACGACAGUACUACUAUGGAGCGCAUGGAUAUGGAGAGGCAGCAGACCUUUGCGCUGCACCAGCGCUGCCUGCAGACCAAGGCCAAGCGCUCCAACAAGCACCGACAGCAGGGACCGGCGGCGACCGCGGCGAACGAGCAGACGGGGCAGAGAGCACCGGGAUCCGCGGGGACAAACUCGGAGUUGGCAGAGGGCGGCGGGGCGCCUGGAGAUCAGAGCAGGAACAGCACUCUGAUCGCGGUUAGUACAAAUUUGCAGGAGACUGUGAAGAGGAAGCUGGAGAAUGCAGGCUCUCCACUCAGUCGUGACCAAGUUAACGGCUUUGGUGAUGGCUACCCUCCAUCCAAAAAGUCCUGUCUAGAAGAUGCUUUGAGUGGCAUUAAUGGAGCAACGAAUGGAGCUUUGCCUCCUCUUUCCCCUCUGGAUAGUAAGCAUGGCAUAUGUCCUGACUCUCUGGGAAUGAACGGUACACAUGCCACAGGUGGUGUGGAGCCAAACGGAGUUGGGCUGCCUGAUGGAUGUGGGGUGCGGGGCAGCGAGUCGGACAUUCGCCUGAAAGAGAUGAAGCAAGAGCCAAUGGACGACAUCCUGCCCACUGGAGGAGGAAAUGGUAACAUCAUUCUUCCUGACCUCAACCUGAAUGAGCAGGAAUGGACUGAGCUCAUGGAGGAGUUCAACCGCUCUGUUCCCUAUGAGGAGAUCCAGGAGCUCUUCAAUGAUGGUUUUGAGGACCGGAAGGACCCUGAUUUGUCGGCUGGCGGUCCACCAUCCAACCUACUGCCUGCAGACCUUGCCAGCGUGGUAAAAGCUGAGUUUUCACCGGCCCCAACUUCAUCCUCAGCUGCUUUUGAGCAGGACUCGCGCACUGGUUCCCCUCAUGUCCCACCCUCCUCAUCUGGGCCUUUGCUUCACACUGGUUCCCCAGUCACAGCUCCCUCAGCAGCCUCCUCUCCGGCCUUGCCCGGGCCCCAGCACUCUCAGCAGCAGCAGCAGCAGCAACAACAGCAGCAGCAACAAUCAGGCCAGCCGUCUAGACCUCUCCAGAACCACCUGCUGACUGGAGCCCCUAAAGACCUCUCGCCUGCUCAGCAGCUCCAACAGCUGGCUGCGAGGGAGCAGCAGAGGGCGCAGCUGAUGCAGAGCCACCAGCACCAGUCACAGAAACAACAGCAGCCGAAACAACAGCAGCAGCAGCAGCAGCAAGCACCCAAAUUCCACCAGCAGUCCAAUAUCCCAUCCACCUGGUCCCAGAACACUCCCACCCAGAGUCAGAUGGGAGGCACUUUUGGCCUGGAAAAACCCACCAGCCCCUCGCUUUACCCUUCAGACUUUCAGAAUUCAAAACCUCUGCUCAUGCCAGGGCAGCAGCCCAACAAAGGCUCACCCAAAGCGGGUGCCCCUGGAGGGUAUAUGCCGCAAGGUGCCCAUCCCAUGCUGGGUCACCCAGCACCUCCCUCUGGCACCCUCAGUCACCCGUCUGGCCCAGGGGCCAUGUUGGACUACAGGAACACUAAGCCCCUGAGCCACUAUGAAGCAGGAGGACCCAGAGGCUCUGCAGCCCCACCGCUGCAAAAUAAAGCAGCCCUGCUCAACCUUCUCCGCCAGCAGCAGCAGCAGCAGCAGCAGCAGCAACAACAACAACAACAACAACAACAACAACAACAGCAGCAGCAGCAGCAGCAGCAGCAGCAACAACAGAUGAAGCAAAGGCCAGGUGGCAUGCAAUACAGACCCCCAGCACAUCUACCGCACAGUCAGCAGGAGCCUGGCACUUACCCUUCAGGUCCUCAUGUCCCAGGCCCUGGUGGUGCCAUGACAGGGCAGCCAGGUGGCAGUGGCAUGUCAACAAACCAUGGUACCGUGCCCUAUAUGAGCAACCUGCAGAAACAGCAGCAGAUGCAAAUGCUGAAUCCACAACAGAAACAGUUCAUUUUGGGACAACAGAGACAGAUGAUGGCAGAACAGGAGAAGCAGCGGCAGCAGCAGGAACAGCAAAUGCAGAGGCAUCUGACCCGCCCCCCGCCGCAGUACCAGGACCAACAGAACCCCUCUGCCCAGCAGAACCCAUUCCAGCAGCAACAAGUCUCACAGUUUCCAGGUUCCUCUCAGCCUAUGGGCAAUGUGAAUUCCCUCGGUGGUCCUGCUCCCAGCGCUCAGCGCAUGUUCACACAAACACAAUCCAUGAUGGGAAUGGGUCAGGGCAGUGGCCCCACCCCCGGUGCUCCUUCAGCUGCCAGUCAAGCAGAAAUGAGCCUGUCAUCCUGCACAGGUGGGCUUGAUGUGCAACAGGUUCUAUAUGGCAACAUGCCCAUGCACCCAUCUCAUCCUAACCAGCAGAGAGUUCCUGUGUCGGCCAUGUCUGCAGCUUACAGACAGAACAUUCUGGCCCAGCAGCAGGCCCAGCAGCAGGCCCAUCUCAAGAGCCAGCCUAAUGCUGCUUUGUUAAAACAGCAACAGCAGCAGCAGCAGUUAGCUCGUCUCCCUAACAUGUCCAACACAUUAGCUAACAACAUGAACUCCGCCAUGCCCAGCAGUAUACCAGGUGCAAUGCCACCACAGUCCUGGCAGCAGCAGCAGCAACAGUCUCACCCUGCCCUCCAGCAGAGCAUGGCAGGCCAGCCUAACCCCAGCAGCGGUGGCAUGCCCACUGGCUUUCCCGGUUCUGGCUUCCACAUACAACCACGAAUGCCCAAACUUCCAGGAAGCAGCCCUUUCACUCAAGCUGCCAUGGGCAACGGCACGACAAGCAGGGCCAUGGCAGGCAUGAACCCUGGGCAGAUGAUGCCCAACAUGGCUCAACAAAGGACCAACAACCCUGGCAUGGGUCAGCAGCUGCCUCCUCCCAAUCAGCAGCAGCCUCAGCAGGGACAGCAAGCGCCACCUCAGUCCCAGCAAGUGUUGCCUGACCUGAGCUCGUUCGGGCAGUCGCAGGGAUCUCAGGUGCCCAACCGUACAGCAGGCAUGCAGUGCAACCAAGCGUUCCAGGUCAACGGGACUGCCGGUCAGCAGAUGCAGUUUGCUUACAGCAACCAGCCUAACCUCCUCGGGGAGAGCGAUUUGGACUCCCUGUUAAAGAACCAGACCCAGGAGUGGAUGGAUGAUCUGGACGAGCUGCUGGCUUGUCAUCAUUGAUUCAGUUCUCAUACGAGCCAUUUGCCUGACAUGCAGAUUUGCACAUUCCAGUUAAGGCAUGUGCUGGGAUUAAGACUCCCUCAGUGAGUCUACUAUAUACGUUUGUCAUCAAGCAGGGGGACAUUACUUCAGAACUGCUGUUUGUUUGAUUAUAUUUGCAUAAAUAUAUACGUGGUGUGUAUAUAAUAUAAGGAGUGAGGGACACAGGACCAAAAGCCUGUGUAUACGGAGUAUUCCCAGGCCUGGAAUGAAAAUGUGUAGAUUAAAAAAUAAAAUAAAAAAAAAAUUAGAAAGAAUGAAAACAUUCUACUACUGAACCUGUGGCUCAGUACUAAAACCACUGAAAAGUGCCCAGAUGUGAUGGGACAAAACACACACACACACACGUGUGCACAAACAUUACUUUUCUGCCUUUUGCAGUUCAGCUUCAGACAGACUACCUACAUUGGCCUCAAUCUGUGUUUCUUUGCUUUUGUUCUAAAAUGCUAGUGUUGGGACAGACUGUUAUUGCUGACUGGUUUAUCAUUUUUAUUUUAAAAUGGACAAUUAAUUUUGUACUCUUAUGCUGACAAGAAAAAUAAAACCUUUACGUAUAGUCAGUCCCGCCUUAGUCCUGCAUCAGAGGCCUUGAGUUCUUACAAUGUUUGACCUAUGCUUCUGUGAAUGUUGUGAAGUUUUCUGGGUUGAAUCUUAACGGUUCUUAUGGUUAAUUUCUCAUUCAGUGUCUCAUUCAUAAUGAGUUUCAAGAGGUUUGGAAGCCCAUGAGUUUAAGCAUUACACUACAACACUAACAUGAAGGCUUGUCAUCAUUUCUGUUCAACAUGUUACACUAAAGCAGACAGAAGCAGCUCUUCUGCCAUGUUUUUAGAUGAGAAAAGCAGAAGCCCAGAAAAAGUUCAGAUGGUGACUCCUCCCCCCCUCCCCCCUUUUCCUUUCUGCGUGUUACUCUGCGGUAAACAGACUCUUCCAUCCUGAGAACUGAGUGUGUGUGUUUUGGGUCUCACCUGACUGUCUGAAUCUAAUGAGCGUGCUCAUUUUAGUGUCUGACAGGGCUUUUGUUUAUUUAUGUUUUCGUUUUUUUUUUUUUUUUUUUUUUUUUUUUUGGUAUGUAUGUAUGCAUUUUCUAAUGUUCCGGAGAAGAUAGAUCUUAUUUUUAUAUGUACAUUGUUGCUGAUUUUUGUAAGUAUUUUAUACUUUUUAUUAUUGUUCUCUGCAAAAACAAGAGUAUUAUGUAAAUAUAGUUCUUUAGAAACA